UCUUACCUGAACAACAUAAGGGAUGACAUAAAACUUAUUUUUUUAAAGAGAAGGUUUCCUGUUUUUUAUUUCUAUUCUACCUAAGAAAGGUUUUGACGAGCAGCAAAUAAGUCAAAUGGAUUCACCUCUGUCUUUUCAGAUAAAAUGUUCAGUGUGUUUGAGCGAUUUUACAGAUCCAGUGACUCUCACUUGUGAGCACUACUUUUGCCGAAAAUGCAUUACAGGCCACAUGCAGGCCAGCUUGGGACCUACUGCUUGUCCAGAAUGCAAUAAGCCUUACAGCAAAGACGACCUGAAAUCCAGCCGUCUACUGAGGAACAUCACCUCGACAGUGAGAGAGCACCUUUCUGCUAGGCGUAAAGCAGAUAAUACAGAAAACCCUGAAUCUAAAAAUGUCAGAGAACCCUUAAAGCCUUCUGAAGCAGAGCUGGUAUGUUCAGAGCAUGAUGAGAAACUCAAACUGUUCUGUGACACGGAUCAGAAGCUGGUAUGUGUCAUCUGCAGAGAUGGAGACAAACAUAAAGGUCAUAUGUUUAAACCUUUGAAAGAGGCUGCUGAGAUCAACAAGGGGGAGGUAAAGACUGCUUUGGGUUUUCUUGCUAAAGAGAACAGACAGAUGGAUUACAUGAUACAGCAACAGACAACACUGAUCACCAAAACUGAGCACAGGUGGUACAUCAGGUUUUUCACAACAAUGACAAAGAACCAUUCAAUCAAGACAAAGGAGAAAUCCAAAACCCUAUUAGCUCAGAUCUCUGCUCAGUUUGAAGAAAUGCACCAGUUCCUGCGCCAAAAAGAGGAUGAGGUGAAGAAACAGUUGCAAAAACAGGAGAAUAAAAUUACUGAAUUCAUGCAGAAGAACCGGUCAGUGAUAGACAGAAGAUUUAUGGAGAGUAAAGGGAAGGAGUUUCUGCUGCAGUCUGGGCUGAAGAUUGAACAACUCGAUCUUUUUUUACAGUGGUGGAAUGAAAAAGGAUUUCCAGUGAUUGAGGGCAUGAAGAACAAAGGGAGUGUGACACCAGAAGUUAUCAAAUAUACAUCUAAGGUGAAAGAUCUUACUGUGGUCCCAGACACUUUCUUCCUUGGCCUGUGUGAAACUCACCUGCAGUUUUUUGUGUGGAAAGAGAUGCUCGGAUCCAUCAAACCAGUUCCUGGGAUUUUAACUUUGAAAAAUCCUGGAGAUUCUUACUUAAAAGUUUCACCAGGGGGCACCAGAAUCCGUCAAGCUGACAGAAUGUCUGCUUUGUAUAAAGACUUCAACCCUGGUACUGUUUCAGUGGAAAACUUCAAAUCCGGUCAGCACUACUGGGAGGUAGAGGUUGGGGAGAAACCAGACUGGACAGUGGGGAUUAUGAUGGGUGAAGUCAAUCUGAAAACAAAGUCAGCUGAGAGUGAGAUCCAACUCCACCUUAAACAUAAUGAAGGAUUUGUCCUGUCUUGUGAUGGACGGGAUACUCCAUUAAGUACUCGGGACAAACCAAGAAAAAUAGGCUUGUAUCUUGACUGUGAGAGAAAGCAGAUAUCUUUCUACAAUGCUGACAACAUGUCUAGAAUGGCCCAGAGAAACUACAGCUCAAAGCAGCCCUGCUGUGUUAGUCUGGUGCCAGGACUGUACCUAAAGGGAGAGAACAGUGACUCUCUCAAUGUAUGCAUAUAUGGUGCUAACACCACCAAGCUCUAAAGUGUCGGUCCAGUGAUCUGGAUUGUUAAUCCUACAACAUUCAUUAAAUCACCUAAAUGACUUUAGAGAGUAACAGAUGACUACAGUAGAUUCAUAUUUGCAUGCUGCUAUUUGAGGGUCAUGAGUGUUUCUUUUGUUUGUAAUCUACUGCUGACCUAUUGUUCAAUAUUAAUUGCAAUAACACAUUUAAUACUUAAUGCACAAUGUUGAAAAUAAAGGUGCAGAAGGUUCUUCACAGCAAUGUCAUCGAAUAACCAUUUUUGGUUUCACAAAGAACCAUUUAGUCAAAUGUUCUUUAAAGAACCACUUCUUUCCUACCUUUACAUAAUCUUCGGAUGUUAAGGGUUCUUUAUGGAACCAUUUAGACAAAAAGGUUCUUCUAUUUAUUUUUAAGAGUGCAUUGUAGAAAUAGAUCUGAGAUGAUAUAUCGCGUCAUUAUUUCAUCUCUCCUGUGAGGUGCGUUGGAUAACAGCGUCUGAUAAAUGUCUAUAUGUAAAUAUAUGCUAAAUUUAAUAUUAAUGGUACUGAUCUCA